AUGCGUUCACAAUUGCUUAUCGUUGGUAUCAUUACGUUAAUUACCACUUCCGUUCAUGCUAGUAUCAUUCAGAAUCAACCAAGAAAUGGAGUUAUUGCAUUCGAUACGCCAUUGGGUGUUUCAACAGAUUUACUGAAAAGACAAGUUGGUGAGCAUGAUUAUAUUUUUCCAGUUAGUAAUUUUCCUAGAAUAACCUUACCAAUUGGAUCAAAUAAAGAUGAAGUUUCAUUAAAUGUUGAUACUGGAAGUUGGUUAACUCAUGUACCUGAUGUUGCAACAAAUUGUACUAAGUGUUUAUUACCCGACGGUAAGUUAGGUUUAUAUGAUGCUAAUAAAUCAACAACUGCUGUAAAAACGGGACAAACUGUAAAAUCUAAAUUUGGUACUAAUUCUUAUUAUUAUGGAGAAGGUGUAAUUGAUGAUAUAUGGUUUGAACCAAAUUUCAAAAUUCCGGGAACAUUAUUCAAUGAUGUUCAAGACAUUGGUUCAGGGUUUAAAACUGGACUACUUGGACUUGCAAAGCCACCAAAGGGAGCUGAAAAUGAAAAUAUAGUAUAG